GCAUUCAGGCAGUCAGUCGUCAGUCGUCCGUGAGCAGUCCAAAGUGUUAGAUCGGUUGGUCGGUACCACGUUUCGAGCUCGGUUCGGAUUUUUUUUGUGUGUGUCUUAACUGGGAUAUCAGACAUAGUGAUUUCCGAGUUUUGCGUUUGCCAUCCUGCCUGGGGUGAGGAAUAUUGGGGGUGGCAGUGGAUGACGAGAGAGAAAGUGCCAGGAAGAAAAUACAAAUAAUAUCCGCAUAUCAGUGAAAAUGUAGUUAAGGAGUUUCGUGUGGUUAAGCCAAAUGUGAGUGUGUGCAAAAGGGCUUUUGUGUGAUAACUGGCUACCGCAAACCGUGUUCUCGUGCGAAUCGUCGUCGUCAUCGUAGUCCCUCUCGCUAGGUAUAUCCUCGAGCCACCGGAGGGAAUUCUAGGCAGCAGAUGUGAUAAAGUGUGGGAAGCUGUGAGAAAUUUAUCCUCAACUAAGCGUGGAGGAAGCGAGUUUCUGUUUUGUUGCGGUGCUUGUGAGUGAAAAAGCUGUUCCAAAGGGAAAUUGUAUUUUCACCGCUUCUCCAGGGCGGCGGCGUACGGGGAAAUUCAUCAACCACCCCAAGGAUAUAUACGUUUCCGCGGUGAAGAAGGAAGAAAAAGUGCGGUGCAAAAAACAAGAAUGAUGGAAAAAAUAACGAAGCAAUGAUUUGUGCGGUCUCUGAUGCUGGCGGCGGUGGAGGUGUAUCGAAUUUCGCACACGGUUUGUUACCGCACCACGGACGGCGGUGAAUAAAACCGGAAUUGUGUCGUCGAGAAGGAAGAAAAUUUGCAUCCAAUGUGAUUAUUCACUUUUCGCCCAGUAGAGAAGUUGUCAGAAACGCAAAAGUUCGAUUUUUUUUUGUCCGGUUUCUCCCCAGAACAAGUGCAUCGGAAACAUGAGCCAAUUUGCAGCGACAACGACGGCGACGGAGACAGUUGCCGGUUGUAGUGAUUGGAAGCAACUAAAUUGCUGCGAUGGUGUAGGAUUUCGAUGUCGAGUGCGAGUAACAUGCAAUUAAGUGCAUACUGGAUGCAUUUUCGAUAACCAAAAAAGUGUGCGUGUCUGUCUAAAUGCUUCGCGCUCAGUGAUCUUUGGAAGGUUAUUCAUCCGAGUGUGGUUUUGAUUUCCAAAAAUAAAAGUGCACGCAACUCCCACACACGUGAGCUGUCUUGGCGCGAUUUUUUCGGAGUUCUUUGGAGGUUGACUGUUGUUCGGUGAUCCCGGUACUGGUGUGCGUUACCGUCCGGACUAUUAUUUAUUUAAUUUAUUUUUAUUUAAAACCGAGAUUUAAUUUAAUUAUCAACGAUCAUGACCUCGACGAAGAUGAGGGUCACGGUGAAGCCGCCUUUGGCGGUGAUGGUGUACUUAAUGGCGAUUAUGACCGGAGUUAACGUGUUAACUGGAGCUGAUUGCGCUAUGCUGGCUGGACUGGUGGCACCCAUAGAGGUCAUCGAGGAGUGGGGCUGCUACGACACCGAAAUCCGGCUCACGUGCGGCAACCUCGAGUCCCGGGUGGCGAUACUGGAGGCCAAAUUCACACCGCACUGUGCCGAGGACCGACCGGAGGAAUGUGUGCACGUCGACGAGAACAGUGUACCGCAUACCGUUUCCUCGCAACGGGUGGACAAGCUGGCCCUGGAGGAGCGGGAAGCCGGCCAGCGGUUCCUGCAAACGUUGCGGCGCAAUCACCGCGACGGCGAGCACGAGAAAUCCCCCGGCGAAGCGGUGCCAUCGGUCGGGGCCGUUCACUCUGCGGCGAAUGGCAACAACGGAUCCGGGGUGGCGCCGGUUAGCGCCCGUACGUCGUCGUCCACGACGACGACGGUCAAAGACAAACGUAGCUCGCUGCGGGCCACUUUGGAGCAUUUGAUUGUGCGCUAUUUGCGACGCAUCACCAGCAGCGGCGAGGACGAAGAGGAUGAGGAAAAUGGGGGCUAUGAGGCGUCUUCGGUGCGAUACCGUCGACAGGUAGCCGACUUCAAUGGGACCACCACCGAGGCUGAGAAUGCUACGGAUGUGGUUGGGGGGAAUGAGGGGCCGGAUAGCUCGGUGGAGAUUACAUUGCUCACCAAUGACAGCGAUAGCAGUGCAAAUGGUAGUGUCGGGUUCGGGACUAGUGAUUCGAGUGAGAUUACGGAAGCUCCUGGGGCAACGGGUGGUGGAAGUAGUGCUCUCGCUGUGGAAAGUGUCAACGGGGGGUCAUUCGUCGGGAGCACUACGGCAGCGUUAAGUGUUGAUGGGAAGAGUUCUAAAUUAAUGGAUGACGGUGGUGAACGACGACCCGCGGGUGGUGUUGGUGGAAAGGGGGGUACACGUAAGCACAAAGCCAAAAAGAAGCAGGAAUGUACCAGCAUUCGUAAACGGAUUGCUCAGCUGGAUCGAUUCGAGUUGGAGAAAUCGAUGCGGAACGAUACAUUCCGGGAGUACAACAUUCGGAGCGCGCUCAACUACAGGUGCUCCGGCAAAAACCAUUGUAGCUUCGUGUUCGGCCAGGACCACCCGUUUGCCGUGGUGUGGAAGGAGGGCACGGUCAGGGUGAAGUACAUCUGCAUGGACGAUUUUCGCAUCAGCAAGUACUGCGACGAGCACUUAAUUAUCGGCAACGAGGACCAAUGGGAACGGCGGCGGUCCAACGGCGCACGGGACGUUUCCGGCGAUCCGACAGCCGCGUCCUCCAGCGAGAGCGACGUUAACGAGGAGUCCCCAGCGCAACACCAUCGGCCCCAGGACUCCGGUGGAGGGGGAGGUGGCGGCGGCACCGGCGGCGGGACAUCUGCCGGUAGAAAUUAUUACAAUGAUAACACUAACGAUCCGGUUGGCUUCGCCGAGGACCGGCGUCGACAGCGGAACUUCUACGACUAUGAUGAUGGCGAUGAGGAUGACGACGACGACGAGCAAGGAUAUGACGAUGAGGACGAAGGAGGUGACGGGGAGUACGGGGGCGCUGAACCGCGGGCGGAAGCCUUGCAGCAAUUGCCGAUGGUUCAACAGAUGCACUCGUUUCAUAAUUUGAAAAUUCUGAAAACUUUCCCCAGCGAGUCGGCACCGAUUAACGAGACGGAACAGCAGCGAAAGCUAGAAGCGGAAGCGGCCUACCGGAAGCGGCAGAAGGUGUUCUCGCAGGACUUCCGAGUGCUUAAAAUCCUGCCCAGCAACCUGGACGAGAUCGAAGACAUCAAACAGGUUGGUAACGAAUACUUCUUCAAGAAGGACGUCGAAGUGACGGUUGACGAUGCGGAGAACGAGAUCGUCCCGGACGUUGCUAUCGAUGAGGGCUCCAACCAACUCCCGCCAUCCUCGUCCAACGAAGCCAACAAUCAGUUCACGGAAACGUUGGACAUUGUGGUUCUUCCACCGCCCACCAAAGACGCCGAUGUGUACGAGAGCGUAUUGGAUGGGGCCGCCUCGACGGCAUCCAGCGGAACGACCAUCAACCUGGUGGAGCUGAUAACGCCCACUAUGGGAUCGCCGAACGUCAGUACGUCCGGUACUUCAACCGGUGCAGUUACGCAACCGGUUGCGACUACGUUGGGUCCCGUCACGAUAGACGGAACGCUGGAGAGCUACCCGGACGUGGAGUCCAACGAAAUCGAAGGGGAAGGAGUGCGGGUGAAUAGGACCACUGCAAGCGCAGAGGACGGGUUCAGUUUCAACAAUAGAACAUUCCGAAAAAUGCAGGAAGCGAUCCUGGAGGGUAUCAGUGAAGGAUCGAACGGUGACGGGGGUCCCUACCCGACCAGUUACGACGAUGAUGACGAAGAUGAUUUCGAAGACGAAGAUGACGACGGAGAUGACUACGACGGCAGCGACCGGAGAGGUCACAAAAAGUAUAUCAGUAUUCAGCGGACGCUUCUGAAGCACCCGCUGCGCCAGGGCUUCCUGAUGACGCCCGGCUAUCCCAAGUACUACAUCGGCGACAGUGUCUGCCGGUGGACGCUGUACGCCCAGCGGCACCAAAAGAUUAAGUUAACUAUCCUAGAUUUAGCACUGCGGUACGAUGAACCGUGUAGAGAUUACAUCGAGAUCACGGAUCUCGAUACGAAUCAAACCCUGUUUAGCAGUUGUACGGAGAGUACGCGACCCGUGGUGGUGGUCAGCGUACGGGAGAAAGUUGAGGUUAAAGUGAGAACCACCACAAAAGUGGCCUACCCGAAACGGGGCGUGCUGAUACACUAUUCAGCACUCGGCUGCGAGCUGCCGUCGCCGAUUCCGCCGCACAUGACGCUGGUCCGUCGAAGCGAGUACCGAGCGAAGUACGUCUGUGAUCCCCUGUAUGUGUUUCCCGACACAGCUGAGCCCAGUCGCGAACUAGUCUGCACCGCCAAGCACACGUGGAACCGACCGUUGCCGGCCUGUGUAGAAAAACGCGCCACCGAAGGAAGUGGUCUAGUGUCCCAUUACGAGCAGAAGCGUAAAAUAAGUGACUCCGACGAAAGCAUGUCUGAUAAAAAGGCAGACACCGUUUACGACAUCCUGAUUCCGUCGAUGGUAAUUGCUGCCCUAUUUAUUGUUAAUGGCAUCGUAUUCGCGGUCAUUAUGCGCUACAGGAACAAAAGAAAACAACGCCUUGAACUAGACAGUAAGGAACUAGCAGAACUGUAAAGCCCCUCCUCUCCGUCGCCACUUCCUCAAGUAGAAAGUAAAAAAAAAAAAACAGAAAAACAAAAUCUGAUGCAUGAACAAAUACUCAAAACAAUGAUAAUGCAUGUACAAGAACAAUGAAGGAGAGUCAUUAUGGGAAUGGAGAAGAAUGAAAGCAAAGCCAUCUCCACCGUCGUCGUUGUCGUCGUCGCGCCGCCUUUAUCAUCGUCAUCAUCAUGAUUGCACAUCCAUAGAUAUCCUUUUUUUCGCCGGAAGUUAGAAGGAACGUCAUCAGUCACAUUGCCAUAUCCCCAUUGGAAACGACCGCCAAGUAAAGAAUCGUGUUUCUUUUCUGUGUCUCCAUUUCGCCGGUAUUUACCUCGACAUCAAUCAUCAUGUUGCGGCACACCCCUGCUGACGUGUGUGGUGAAUUUGUCACACCCCUUCGAACACAAAUAACUAAAGGUGUGCCCACCCCUCCAGCCGCCGGGACGUCCCGUCAAGGGCAAGGUCAUCAUCAUCAUCUGUCGCAGUAGGCAUUGCAUAUCAUCAACUCAUCUUCAUUAUCAUGGCCACUGGGGCAUCGCCGCCAUCUUGGAUGAGCACGCGGUGAAUGCAACACGCUACAGGAAACCAAACAUUAUCAUCGCUACAUGGUAAAAGAAAGCGGAAAAGGUAAGUCUAAUCCACAGUUCAAUUAUUAGUGGGAAAACCGAAUGCGUUCGGUUCAAGAAGAGUCAAAGCCAGAUAUUUUGCCGCUCUAAGGAAAACAAAUUGGAUAAAAAAAUCGUCGUAGUUCAAUAGCUUAUAGAUUUGAGCAAUCUGAAAUUAGAUAAAUGUUGAAGAGACCGGAAAACUGGGAACACUGGCAACCACAACGCAUAGGAAAGAAGAUAAAUGCUUUAGGCAAAUUUGAGACCGGAAAUGAUAACCUCGGAAAGUGGUUUGAGUUCCUGGUAAUUUGGCAGUUGCCAAACGCUUUGCUCGUCUGUUAUAGUUUGACACUGUUGCCAGUGUUCUUGGUGUGGGAUCCUCAACAAAGCUCCGUACACACCCACACAUACACGGUAACUAUUUUGCACGCUGAAAAAUUAUUAUAUACAAAAUCUCUUAUAUCGCAUUUAAAAAAACAUGAAAACAAUGGUUAUCGUGAGAGAAACAAAGAGUAAAACGAACAAAAAUAUUUAUAUUAUGCAAAUCUGCUAACGAAUUUUGAUAUCUUAUUUCCUCGAUAUUUUUUUAGUCUCGAAAAUAUUUUCUCGCAUUUUUGCUUGGAUAACAAAAUCUAAAUCUUAAGAUAAGUGCGCCGCUUAGAUCGCUCCGGGUAACGAAAUAUUUUCUAAAAUUUUACAGUUUAACAGCAAAAUGUACGAGAAUUGCUUGAAAUCAUCAGUAAAAAAAUAGCGAUCAUUAUAAAAGGGUAUCAAAUUGGAUGUAUUUUUCGAGUUUGUUUGCCAACCUACUAAUACAAAGAACCACCGCCAACAAUCUAAAAAAUUUGAUGAAAACAUUUGAUUUAGCCUAAAUACAUACAAAAUCCAAAACACAAUCCAAGCCAAAGAUUAGAUGUUAAAGCGCGAGAAAGCUUAGAAUGCAGCUCCCAACGCCUACUUUGACGUGCGGAGAAAAGUUAACGAGAAAAAAAUGUGGUAAUUGAUAAAGAUAAAUGAAAAUCAACAUGUGCUUUAACGAAAACAAAGAAAAUUUACUCGUUCUUUAAACAAAACGAAAAAUAAAGUCGGUCCUGUAAAACUGUAGAAAAAAAAACAAUGGAACUGAUGAACAAACUGGAAGUUUCAGCGAGGGUGAUGCUUGGCCAAGUGAAUUGUGAUUGUAUCCCAUACACACAGACAAACAAACAACCCAAAUCAAGAGAAGAGAGUAUAAGUGAGCGCGAUGGCAUGAGUUCUUGUGAAUCUUUUAGUUUUCCGAGUCGGUCGGAAGGAUACGGGGCACCUACGAAAAUCAAAUCAAACCAAAGACAAAGUGGUUUGUUCUCAAUAUGUACUAACAAAGUCCUACGUGUUGUGUAAGUUUCGCACGCCUCAGAAAAAAACAUGGAAGGGGAAUCAGUGCUGGAUUUUCUGACCACACUUUAUUGUUUUUCUGGACUCUUUCCAUUGUUGGAUGAGUCUUUCAUUUUUUUGUUUAGAACACUGUUAUUUUCUUAAUUUUUUAAGGAAAUAUUUAUUUGCUGAAUUAAAAAUAUUGUACUUCCAUGCCGAAAAAUAAAAUGAUACAAACAAAUAAAAA